AUGGAUCACAACGAAAAGAAAGAGUUAGACCUAGAAAGACAUGUAAUGAAAAAAUACUUAAGUAUUCUCGAUGUUGUUAUGGAAGAUAUCUUCAAAAUGCCUGUUGCAACUACAGAAGCUUCCGAAAAAUCCAAAUCUGGAUAUCAAAAAAUAUUCCCAGAAGAACCGGAAGACACAAAAAAGUGCAAAUAUAACGGAGUUGAUAAAAGUGAAACUGUGAUAGAUAACAAUGAAACAGACCCCCUAAAUAAUGAAGUCUCUAGUCAGCCGGAUAUAGUCAUACCUCCGGAUGGCGGCUGGGGUUGGUUGGUAGUUCUAGCAUCUUUUAUGUGUAAUUUAAUAGUUGACGGGACCAUUUUCUCUUUUGCAACAUUCCUUCCAAAAAUUGUUGACGAAUUCAAUGCUGACGCUGCAAAUGUGACACUGGUCGGAUCUUUGAUGUCUGGAUUUUAUCUAAUAGCUGGGCCGUUUGUAAGUGCUAUUGCGAAUAGAUAUGGAUUCCGAAGUGUAGUGAUAUUUGGCAGUCUUAGUAGUGCUGCUGCAUUUGCUCUCUGCUACUUUGCUACCAGUGUUACUUAUCUUUGUGUGUUCUACGGAUUAAUAGGAGGUAUUGGUUUUGGUUUCAUCUAUGCUCCAUCUAUAAUUAUCCUGGGAUUUUAUUUCGAAAGAUGGAGAGGACUAGCGACAGGAAUUGCUGUAUGUGGAUCUGGAAUAGGAACAUUCGUCUAUGCUCCAAUGACAGAAGUUUUGAUCACUAACUUUGGAUGGAGAGGAGCAAUGUUGUGCCAUGCUGCUUUGAUUUUGUUAUGUGCCGUAUGUGGGAUUUUAUACAGGCCCCUUAAAGCUAUGAAGAUAGAUUCUGCCACUGAACCUCUUAACAAACCGGAACCAGAGUUCAAAGUACCCGUUGUAGCUCAACAGAAGAUGGAAGCAGCAAUGAGGAUGAUGAAACGAGGCUCAGACGCAGGAUCUGUAAUCGAUCAUCAAUCAUCAAUUCCAAGGCUAUUAGGUGUCAACAACAACUCCGUUUAUCCAAGAGUGUCAGAUGUCUACCACACCAUCUGUGUUCCAAAUGGUACCGUCACGUCCAAGCAAACACCUCAUUUGGCGUGGACUAGAGAGAGAAGUAAGACUGAAGGGAAACUGCAAAUAUCACAUUUGCACAAGCUGAAACGAAUGAGAUCUGUAGACAAACCAUGCGAAGUUACUCGGCCGCUCUACAGAGAAGACAUUUUCUUUAAUCAAAGCCUAAAACGUCUACCUCAAUACACUUCACAAACUUCCGUAGAAUACAAUUUAUCGGUUACCAGAGCACCUACUAAAAACGAUAUCGAAGAAGAAAGAACCCAUAAGUGCAUGCUCUGUCCAGAAGCUUUCCGAAGAGUUCUAGCUACGAUGUUGGAUUUGAGUCUGUUCCAGUCACCCACAUUUAUUGUCUUAGCGGUAGGAGGUUUCUUUACAAUGAUGGGAUUCUUCGUACCUUAUAUGUUCUUGGCCGAGAGAGCCAAAAGUGCCAAUAUCGAAAAUGCAAUAUGGCUAGUUUCUUCCAUUGGUAUAGCCAACACUGUCGGCAGAAUGUUUUAUGGACUUAUAACCUCACUUCCUAAGGCAGAUGCUCUGAUAAUUACAAAUAUUGCAUUAACUGUAGGCGGACUGGCUACAAUAUUCAGUGGAUUAUCUUUGUCAAGAGAAUUCCAAUUCACUUAUUGCAUCAUAUUUGGACUUGCAACAUCAAGUUUCGCAGCUAUUCGAUCGGUAGUAGUAGUGGACCUCCUUGGUCUCGAAAAACUCACCAACGCCUUCGGACUUCUGCUGUUGUUCCAAGGAAUUGCAGCAAUUAUCGGUGCUCCUUUAGCGGGUACUUUCAUGAAAGCAACUGGGAGCUUUGACGCCUGUUUCUAUUUCUCAGGAGGACUCAUUUUGUUCUCGGCUAUUUUGUGUUAUCCUCUUAAUUGGAUUAAUGCAUGGGAAAAACGACGACAUCUAGACACUAAGUCUUCCCUAGUUUGA